CCCAGCAAUGCGCCCAACUGUGCCCAUCAGUGCACCCUCCUGUGUCCAGCAGUGCACCCACCUGUGCCACCCAGCAGUGCCACCCACCUGUGCCCAGCAGUUGCCCAUCAGUGCAGCCCAGCAGUGCUGCCAGUCAGUGCCCAGCAGUUGCCCCAGUCAAUGCCUAGCAGUGCCAUCAGUCAGUGCCCAGCAGUGAUGCCAGUCAGUGCCACCUAUCAGUGCUGUCUAUCAGUGCCACCUAUCAGUGCCGCCUAUCCGUGCCACCUCAUUAAUGCCGCCUAUCAGUGCCGCCUAUCUGUGCCACUUCAUUAGUGCUGCCAAUCAGUGCCGCCUAUCAGU